CUGAUGAAGCUGUCGCGCAACGUGCCGGGCACGCCGUACUCGACCCGCGUGGCGGUGCUGGUGCAGGAGGGAGUCAAGCUGCUGCUGAGCAUGGGACUGUACAUGCACGAGACGGGUGGGCCGCUCGAGGCGAUUCGCGCCAUCCGCGCCGACCUGCGCGAGAAUGCCAUGGAGUGGGUGCAGCUCGGCAUCCCUGCGGUGCUCUACACGGUGCAAAACAACUGCCUGUUCAUCGGGCUGUCGCACCUGGACGCGGCGGUGGCGCACGUGACGUACCAGACCAAGAUACUCUUCACCGCCCUCUUCUCCAUCGCCCUGCUCGGCAAGCAGCUCGGCCUGUCCCAGUGGGCCGGCCUCUCGAGCCUCGUGCUCGGCGUCAUCUCAGUGCAGGGGAUCCUCUCCAAGCUGCUGGAGAAGUACGCGGCCGAGCCUGCGAGGGGCAGCGGUAUGGCGGGCGGCAGGCUGCUCUCCAGCCCUUAUGGCGCCGGACCGAAGAUGCUCUUCAAGGGGCACGGCAGCAAGGGCCACCCGGGCCACCCGCCCGCAGUGCCUCCUCCGCCGCUUCUGGAUCGCCAGUUGGCGGCCGGCGCCGGCGCUCCCGCGGCAGUGCCUCCGAGCGCACAUGCGAUGGGCUCGGAUGUCGCGCUCGGUAUCGUGGCGAUGCUGACGGCGGCGCUGUGCACCUCCUUCGCCUCCGUCUACUUUGAGCGGAUGCUCAAGGGGUCGCGGAAGCCGUCGCUCUGGCUGCGCAACAUCCAGCUCGCUAUCUACUGCGGGCUCGUCGCGACGGCGACGGUGCUGCAGGAGGAGGACGCGGCGCGCGCGAGCGAGGGGUGGCUGCACGGCUUCGGGGCCUACACGUGGGCGACCGUCAUGAUGAACGUCGCGGGCGGCCUGCUCGUCGCAAUCACGAUCAAGUACGCCGACAACAUCGUGCGCGGGUUCGCGCAGGCGGUCGCGAUCAUCGUCUCCUCCGUCGCCUCGUACUUUCUCUUCGACUUUCAGAUCACCCCCACGUUUGUCUUUGGCGUGUGCCUCGUCGGGCUGGCAAUCCUGCUCUACGGGAACGCCUUGCCGAUCGAUUGCUGCACCUCGUGGUGUCCGGAUGCGGACGCCGCUGAGCGAAAGUCGCUGGUGGGCGCCGACAGCGCGGAGAAGAGCUCGAAUGAGGCGCAUCAAAGCUCGAGUCGUGACUCUCCCCCACUCUCUCGCCCCGACCAACAUGUGUGACGCUCGGGUGCGCGGGCAGCGCGCGGCGCUGUGUGGAGAGCGUUGGCGUGCGCGCGGGAAAGAGCAGCCGUGGGGUGAAGUAGCGAGAACGAUGGCCGCGCGUGGCUCGCGACACGCGAGCGGCGCGGCGCGUGCCGCAUUCUGUUACCGUUAAGGGCAGGUCGACGGGUGCGGUGUGCUGUUCUCCCGGCGUAUGGGUGUAUGUGGCUCUUGGUCUUAUCGCGAACACCCAUCAC